CGGUAGUUAGUUCCCUACUCACCCCCGUACAUUCCGGUACACGCAAGUCAACAUACAUAACAUUCAGUUCUACAUCCGUACAUACCAAAACACACACAAAUCUACACCCACGCCGUUUCGAGUGCAUAAUAAACGAUCUGUAUAUAUCAUCUAUACUGUGCCUCUUCAUUUCGGGACGCUCCGGGACCGAGGACUUAUCUGCAGCGACGGAAGCCGCCCUCCUACAAACACUUGUGGAAAAUUUAUUGAUAAAUUUGAUAAAACUAUUGUUUUAACGCUGAGUGUUCUAACUAGUUGGUAAUAUCAAAUAGAAUAGCAAAAUCGUGGAAAUUUUUUUAAAAUUUUCGGUAUAUUUUUAAAAUGAGAAGAUCUAUUUUGAUAUAUUUCGUAUUUUAUCGAUAGAUCCCCGGAAAACACAGUGUGUCCUUAUUGUUUAUUGUUGUUGUGUGUUGAAAUUAUAAUGUCAAACGUAGGCAAAAUUCGACUUAAAUCCUUUGUCGAGCUUCAAGCUUCGACCGACAUAAACGUAGGCUUAGCUAAAUCGGUCAAAGUCGAUGAGAAAACACCUGAGAAGGAAAAAGCGGGAAAAACUACUAGUGCUACAACUACGAGAAAAACCAAAGCGGAUGUGAAGCAACAUAAUGCUCUCAUCGUAACCAAUACUACUGUCAAACGUUCCUCUAAGAAAACGCCCCUGCCUGGACAAUUGCGCAUCGAUUCAUUCUUCAAAAGUAACUCAAAAAGCUUUAAAGUGGAGAACACAGCACAGACGUCGCAAAGGAAGAUUGCGCCAAAGUCGCACAAAGGACGCAAGCGCUUGUUUGACGAGAAGCCUACCACAACGUCCAGUGAUAUGAAGCCGCAAGUCAAUAAGCGUGUCCAGCCGCCGCGCAGGUCAAAGGGCAAGGAGAAUACAAGCAUGACCGAGGCAAAUAUUGAUCUCUGCUCAGAGUCGGAGUCCGGCGAGUCUGACGACAUGAAAAGCGUCAAGAUGGAACCGCCACCAGAACCUAAAAGCCCCAAAGUUCCACGGAUAGCAAACGAGCCAUGUCCACCUUCGCCAAUGGCUUCAAAUCCCAGUGAAUUAUUUCUUGGAGAUGUUUCCAUUAAAGAAAAUCUGCUCAGUCAGUCCUCGCCAUCCGCCACAAAAAGUACCAGCACUGCAGAUGCUUCGUCUGAGAAAAGUGUCUCCACAGGACGUAAGAAGAGGGCACCCAAACCUUGUCCGCCCUAUAAAGUCGUUGAGGGCACACACUUUUGUGUCGAUGGCUUCCAGUUUGGCGCCAUACCCGGAGUGACAAAUUAUUUCCUAAGCCACUACCAUGCAGACCAUUAUAUUGGUCUAACCAAGGGGUUUGCAUUUCCACUCUUCAUGAGCCCCACAACGGCUCGCCUGGUGCGGGCCUUCAUAAAAAUAGAUGACAUGUACAUCCAUGAGAUUGAUGUGGAUCAGACAAUCGUGGUGGAAAACAUCGAGAUCACCGGCAUAGAGGCAAAUCAUUGUCCGGGCGCUCUUAUGUUCUUCUUUAGGCUGCCCUCUGGGCAGUGCAUUCUUCAUACGGGCGAUUUUCGUGCCAGCUUCGAAAUGGAAUCUCUACCGAUAUUUUGGAACAACAUCGAUAUUGAUCUGCUCUAUUUGGACACGACAUAUCUAUCUGAAAGCUACGAUUUUUGCCACCAGACUGAAAGUGUCAGUCGUUUGUUGCAUUUGGUGCAUAACUUUCAUGAAAGGAACCCCGGAAAACGCAUACUUUAUGUUUGCGGUGCCUAUGUGAUAGGAAAGGAAAAAAUCUGGCUGGCUUUGGCCAAAAAAUUCUCUUUGAAUGUCUGGACGGAGGCGCAUCGUCGCGUUGCCAUAGAUUGCCUGGAGUGGCCGGAACUGCAAACGCGCAUGACUGCCGAUCCAUACCAAGCCAAUUUGCAUGUCAUAGCCUUGGGAAAAGUUAGCUACUUGCAUUUGGCAGAGUACUUCACACAAUUCGAAGAUCAAUACGACAUGCUGCUGGCCAUUCGUCCCAGCGGUUGGGAGAAGAACAGCAAGCCCUCCUAUGGGAAGCGCAUCAGCACCAUUGGCAUCGAGUAUUCAGAGCAUUCCAGCUACAAGGAGCUAGAGCGCUUUGUGCGCUUCCUCAAGCCCAAGCGGGUUAUCAGCACGGUUCCGGUGGGCGGUGAUCUCUGCGUAACUGGAAAGGUGCCACCCAAAUGGCAUAAUUUCAAAGGACGUCUAUCUAUGAUGCCUAGAGGAUAUCAACCAUCAAUAUCGACGUUUUUUGCCACACCCAAACGUACCAUUCCGCCAUUCAAAAGAUCAGGAACCGAAAUGGCAUUGAGUCCAGUGGAUGAAAAGGAAUCUGAUGGGGGGGAAGGUAUGGUACCUGAUCAUGUAACCAUUUCAUCUAGCACCUCGGAAGAAGUCCGAGAUAAACCGACAGAAGAAGCACAAGAUGAAGCCCGCAAAGUAGCUGCUGACAAGAGCAAAAGUCCGGUCAAGUCGAAGUCCAGUAAGGGUAAUUCAUCCAUACUCUUAGGAAUAACCUCAGAUGCAUCCGAUGAUUGGCUCCGAUGACUCCUUAGAGUUUCCCUCAAUAUCUUAGUUAUUAGAAAAUUUUGUUCUGUAAUUAAGUAAUUGCUUUUUCUGUUCUCAGGAAAGUUUUUUCUAUUCAGGGGAGUGAUCAUUAUAGAGUACAC